AUGAAGAAAGUACUAAAACUCAAUACCAAGCAAGAGCGAGAGAUCUCGAAGCUUCGACAUCUCAUUGAUCGCAUCCAGUCCGAACGGAAACUACUGGAGCAUCAAGCGAUCUCCAAUCGCGACUAUGCCAAGAAGAUCGAGCAUCGUUUCUUCAUGGGCACUAAGGGCCAGUCGUUAGUUCAGUGCAAUCUCGAGCUCAAUUGUCGUCUACGGACGUUAGAAACGUCGCUAAAGAAGAAGGACGAGGCCUUACAACAGAGCCAACUAGAACGAGAAGAAGCUCGAGACAAACUCUCCAUCGUCCAACGAGCGUUAGACACCCGAGUCGAGUCGUAUGCACUUAACGGCUGUCUCCACACGGGUCUUCUAUUUGAGAUCUCCAAGCUACAAGAUCACAAUGAAGCGCUAGCUCUGCACCUCGCUCAAGAGCGGAAAGUCGUGUCGACUCUACGCACGCAGCUUGAGGACUCGCAGAAGCGGGAAGAAGAACUUGAAGACGCUCGAACAAUGCGAGAGUCGUGGAUGGCUACAUUGGAGAAGGAGCGCGUUGCUCUGGACGAGAAGAUGGCGCAACUUUCAGGCGACGUACAGACCGCAGCGUGUGAGAAGACGACGCUGCUUCGGUUUAUCCACGAACAGGCCGAGACCAAGUUCCAGCUCGAAGCGCGACUUACAGACGAACAGACUCAGCGGCGACAAGAAGCAGAACGAGCUCAACACGCGUCAAGAGUGUGGGAAGAGGAGAAGCAGCAGCUCAAUGAGAGUCUCCAGACUGCACGACAAGAGAGUCAACAGCUGAGAGAAGAGAGCGAACGUGUUCUCGUUACACUUCGAGAGCAACAAGAAGCUCAUUCUUCGUUGCAAUGUCGAGAGCAAGAAGUGCAGCUAGAGCUACAGACUUCUGCAAGAGACGAUUGA